AAUUCUGAGAUAAAGAAGCCUAAAGAUUUAACUUAAAGCUUUAACUUUGACAUUAAAGAUUUCAAAUUCUGAGUUAUAGGUUUUUUGGAUAAAAUAGCCUUUAGCGCCACUAAAGAAAUUUGAUUAUCCAAAAUGUCAAAAAAACACGUUCAGUUUUAAUGUGUUGCAUCAGUUCUGGUUUAUUGUCAAUAAAAAGAACAAUUUCCACACCUCCUCCUCUCUUCAGUGUUAAAAUUACCCUGCAGUGUAUCAAAUAGAGUUCAGGUAUUGUCGAACUUAUCGACUGUUGCUCCGGUUGCUCCAUCCACCAUCUAAAACCAUUCAGCAAAAGGCACAGGAAGAUACAGAUUUCCCAGUUUUCGACUUUUUUUCUGGCAAAAAUGAACGAUUCAGGUCAAUUAAUUUCAAGUGGUAAGUAAUUCAAACAGGAAGUGGUUGUAGAUAAGAGACGAGGUCAAUUUAUGGUUCCAGGAGCUUCAUCUGGACCGAAGAAGAGAAAGAGGGGCCCCAACACACUUCUAAGCCAAAAGGAGUACUUUGUAAACUUUGUCCUGGAGCACAGAGAUACUCUGGACUCAUUAAGCGACAGAUAUGAUCCCCUUUGGUCGAACCUCACGGAAAAAUUGAAUUCUAUGGGGCCACCCCAGAGGAACACCGCAGACUGGCAAGAGAACCUAAAAAACUGGGAGUAUCAAAUCAAGCACAAGGAGCGUGUUCUCAAGGCUAGCACUGGAGAAACUGGAGGUGGUGGGCCAAAAGCAGAACAGCAGCUCUCUCACUUGGAAAAAAAAGCUCUACAGGCCUUUGGAAAAAUAGCUGUGGAUGGGGAUCCUGAUAUAUGUGUUCAUACUGGCCACGACAGUGUACCUGAUCCUCUGGAUCCACAAGAAUCCUUCACUGAUACCAUGGAUUCUUUCGGGAUACCACCGCGUGAACAGAAUGAUCCUCCAUUGACGACAACUGUUGCUAGAAAGAAAAAGGACACUCUGGAAGUUCUUGCUGAUGCUUUUGCAGAGCAUUUGGAGGAAAAUAAGAAGAGACGUGAAGAGGAUAAGAGGAUGAACACGGCAAUGAUGAAUGCACUUACCACUGCUGCCGAAGGUAUUAAUAAUCUUGGAAAAGCAGCAGUAAUUCUGGCUCAGAAAUUCACAAAGGAUGACUAAUGACAAACUUUCAACAUUAAUGACUUUAUUUUCCAAGAAUUCAAAAAAUGGAAAGAAAUGAACGUGAUAACUUGAAUUUACCUUGAAUUAAAAAAUUUCUUGAAAUAAUUGUUUC